AUGGUAAAACUGGAGAGAAAUGUGAUACGGACAUUGACAAGUGUGUGGAACAUCGCUGUACAAGGAACGAAAUGUGUUAUCAUGAGAAGUCUCAAAAUUAUACUUGCAGUCCAAUCAGACGAGCUACUGGAUGCGGUGCCUUAUGUGCAAAUGACAAUAGUUCCAUCUGCCUCUACAAUGAACUUCAUAACCCAGCCUGUUUCUGUGGUGUGUUCCCCCAAUCCAUGCCUUAAUGAUGGUAUCUGUCAGACCAUGUCAAAUGGAACAAUGAAAUGCUACUGCAGUAAUGAUUCAGUCACCGGAAUAUUUUGUGAGAAAGAAUAUUUGGAAGACUGCAAAAGAGCAUCUCCGUGUAAAAACAAGGCCGCAUGCUACACCGUUAAUCAGACUGAGACAUGCAUCUGUCGACUUGGAUUUCAUGGACCAAUUUGUUCCGAGGAUGCAAACGAAAAUCUUACAAGCACAGUGGACACUGGGGCCAGAUUUACAGAUGUUGCGCUACCAAAAACAGUUAUUUGCUACAUUUCCUCUCCAUGCCCGAUUCCGUUUACAGUUACCAGAAACAUUCAUGACAAGCCUUCGAUUGUUCCUGGGUAUUUAGAUCCUUCAAUGAAAAUCCUGAUGUUAGAGCUGUUACACAUAGAAUCACGUGGUGGUAUUGUACAUGGAAUCUUAGAGGUGAUUGAUAAUACCCUGGGAACAAAAACAAUAUGUCUGGAUUCAGUGGAAAUCUCCAGGCAAGUUACUAUUCUGAUUUUCCAACAAUAUGACCAUAACCCUGUUUUUUAA